AUGCCAUUUCCCCGCAUGAGGAGACCACCUCCGCCCUUCACCUCAAAACCACAACUCCUCAAUCCUCUCCAUGCGCACCGCACCUUCACCUCCACGCGCCACCGUUCAACCCGCGAACCGAACUACUACGAGAUCCUCGAAGUGCCCAUAACCGCCUCGCAGGCCGAGAUCAAAAAGAAAUUCUACGCCCUCUCCCUCCGCCACCACCCAGACCGCAACCGCGACGACCCCAGCGCCUCGCAACGCUUUGCCCGCAUCUCCUCCGCCUACAAUGUCCUCGGCAACCACACGAAACGCGCCACCUACGACCGCGACCAUGGCAUCCUCGCCCACCACAUGUCCGCCUCGUCCACCCACAGCACCGCCACCCCGGGCCAGCACCCCAUGGGCAGCCACAGCAGCUACAGCGCUGGCGUCCACCACAAGGGCGCCUCGUACGCCGGUUCCCGCCCCGCCAGCGGCCUGAGUAAACGCCGGGGGCCGUUCCGUGGACCGCCGCCGAGUUUCUACGCCCAUGGCGGGUUUGGGGCGCGGAAGCCGCCGCCGGGGGCGGGCGCGCAUGCCGCUGGUGGUGCGGCGGGGAGGAGCGCCGGAAAUCGUGCAGAGGACGACCCGACCUCGUUUAUUGACCGCAAUCCUAUCCAUCAUUUCAAUGCGCGCGGUCAUUACCGCACACAGUCGGCUGAGGAUGCGCGCCGCGAGGAACGGCGCUCCCGCGCCAUGGGAUCGGCCCUGAAUGACCAGUAUAUCGGCACGCGAGGGGACUUUGCCUUGCGCUUUAUCGUCGUCUGCGGCAUGUUGGCGGGCGCCGUCGCCCUGACUGGGUUCUACCGCUGGCCGGGCGAACAAAACAGUAAACCAACCAAGCCGAAAUCGGUGCGGAAGGAGGAGUAG